ACCGUGUCAAAUUCAUUGAGGAUAAUUACUAAUGACACCCUUAUCCUUUUAUUCGCUAAGAAAGAAAUAAAAACAAAAAGGUAGGUAAAGAAGUUUGCACAUCUGGCGGGAAUGGAAGAGCAGCGCAUUUGGCGUUGCCAACCCGCGUCUUCGUUUUCAGACAGCAAAAAACAUACACAGCAACAACAACAACCAGAAGAAGAAGAAGAAAGAAAGAAGGAGAAAGAGAUUUUCCAUCUCUUUAUUUUCUCUCCUCUCUCUUUCCUUCUCUUCAUAUUCCUCUCUCCAUAACAAUAACAAUAACAAUAACAAUGGCAUUCUUCAUCAAACAAUGAAUCAUUUUCAUUCUCAUUAUCAUAUUCAUUAUUUUAAUUGCAUCCAUUCGCAAUGCGUUGGUUGCCAACCCUAAUUUUCUCUCCUUCUUCUUGUUCUUCUUCUUCCUCUUCCUCUUCUCAUCCUCAUUCUACAACCGCUUCUUCAUCUUCCUCCGCUACAUCUCCUUCAACGAUUAAAUCACCUCCUUCUUCGACCUCCGAUACCACGGAGCGAAGAAGAAGUACAGGCGGCACGUGGUUUUUUGGUGCUGGUAAAAAAUCCACGCGAUCAAGGAAGCUACGCCACGUCGACGAUGAUAAUGUUGAAUACGACGUCGUUGCAACAACGGCGCCGAUUUCUCGUUCUCCGAGUGCACGAAGCUAUAUUCGGUCUAGUAAUUCCGUUGCGCCUCAGCCUCUGCCAUUGCCAGAGUUAGCGUUGCCAUUACCGGAGUUAGCAUUAGCGUCGGCGUCGAUGUCAGCGUCAGCGUCGUCUGCUGUGAGACCUAGAGAUGCUGAUUGUCGUUUGCCUUCGCCUAAAGAAGCUUCCAGUAGAGCCGAACCUGAUGUCAAUGUUGUCAUUGGUUCUACUCUUUCUUCUGGAUUUAAGAUGCGCAGUGUUUUUGCUAGCCGAGAUCCAAGAAGGAAUACAGAGCAUAUGGAGACAAGGCCACCGGGGAAUAAGGUGGCGCGUCAAGAUACAAGUGGUGCUGAAACUCCAAGCUUUCGAGGAAAUAGCUUCCGGAUAAGUGUACCUCCAAGGAGUGCUUCAAACAGUCCCUUUACCAGUCCCACAAUCAGCCCACACAACACCAAACAUGAUGACUUUGUGCCAUAUUAUUAUGUGUCACCCAAAGCAAAUCAUUUCUGGUCUGCACCAGAAAUGCCAACAUCUUCAGGGCAACCUCCUCCUGCUUUCUUUGAUUUAUCUGCAUCAGGCAUUGAUUGUGCCACUUCUCCCCAUCAAAGUUCUGGGGGAAAAAGUCCGAGACAACAAAAUCCCAGAAGCCCAACUAGAUCUUCUUCACCCCUACCAAGGUUGUCCCUUGACUACCCAACAACUACACGUCGUGAAAGUCUUCCUCUUCUCAGUGUUCAUCCUUUACCCUUGCCUCCUUGGCCCGGGACUUCCAUACCUUCACCCUCUGGUACAUAUUCCCAGCCUGGGGGGGCUAAGACAGAAUCUGUAUCUAUGAAAAGUCAAUGGCAAAAGGGUAAACUUAUAGGCCGAGGUACCUUUGGAAGUGUUUACGUUGCCACUAAUAGAGAAACUGGAGCAUUGUGUGCAAUGAAGGAAGCAGAAAUAUUUUCCGAUGAUCCAAAAUCUGCAGAGAGUAUAAAGCAGUUAGAACAGGAAAUCAAAGUUCUUAGCCAACUGAAACAUCCAAACAUUGUGCAGUAUUAUGGUAGUGAAAUAAUAGAAGACAAGUUUUAUAUUUAUUUGGAGUUUAUCCAUCCUGGCUCAAUAAAUAAAUAUGUCCGUGACCACUGUGGAGCGGUAACAGAAUCCGUUGUUCGGAAUUUCACACGACAUAUUCUUUCAGGGUUGGCUUAUUUGCACAGCAAAAAGACAAUUCAUAGGGAUAUCAAAGGGGCUAACUUGCUUGUUGAUUCUUCUGGAGUUGUUAAGCUUGCUGAUUUUGGGAUGGCCAAACAUUUAACUGGGCAUUCUGCUGAUCUAUCUUUGAAAGGAAGUCCAUACUGGAUGGCUCCAGAGCUAAUGCAAGCGGUCAUACAUAAAGAUAACAGCCCUGAUCUAGCUUUUGCUAUUGAUAUUUGGAGUUUGGGUUGUACAAUUAUUGAAAUGUUCACAGGGAAGCCUCCAUGGAGUGAAUACGAAGGAGCUGCAGCUAUGUUUAAGGUAAUGAAGGAUACCCCUGCUAUACCUGAAACAUUGUCGCAAGAAGGUAAAGAUUUCUUGAGGCUUUGCUUUAAAAGAAAUCCAGCAGAGCGGCCAACCGCUUCAAUGUUAUUAGAGCAUCGGUUUCUGAAAAACUUACAAUAUUCGGAUCCUUCACCUUCCUCCCAUCUGUAUAAUGGAACAACCUUAAUGGAUAAACCCCAUAGUCCCAGAGGGUUAUUAGAAAACAAACCUGAUCAGUUUUCUAUUGUCAGUGCACAGAUUACAAAAGGGAAAUCUUCCAUUGAUAGUGGCAUUCCAAUGUCCUACUCGCUCUACUCUUGAAGCACUUCCCGCCUCACCCACUAUGUCUAUACUCGGCUUGCAACACACUCAAUCAGAUUUGUGAUUACUUUCACUAUAAUUGUGUCAAAAAUGGCAAUAGGGAGAAGAAAAUGUUAUUUUCAAAAUGAUUUGAGUUCAUGAAUAUGAAGUUUUCAUUGAUACCUCUGAAAGUAAUGGGCAAAUUUAAUAUGAAGUUUAUACUGCAAGUGAAUGUAGAAGCAGAUUUUGUAUAUUAUUAGAGUGCUCCAGCAGUAACACAAGUUCUGUAAAAAAAAUAACAACAAUUACAUCAAAGUUUUUUUUUCCUUUUAUUUUUUCAUUAGAUGGGAUCACACCAUUGUAUUUUGUACUGUAUUUGACAACGUUUUUGUAAAAAUGAAAAAAUUGGACAGAAAUGCACAUUUUGUGUCUGUUUGGUAACACAAAUAAGCUAGCUUAUAAGCUUGUUUCAAAAAAUUAGAGGUGUUUGGUAACAAGCUUUUUAUACUAGCUUAUAACUUUUUUUCAGAUGCUAUUUCAAGUAGCGUUUGAGCUUAUAGCUUAUAGCUUUUUACGCUUUAUUCCAUUUUUACCCUUUAAUUUAAUAACUACCCACUCUAAAAAAAAAAACUACCCACUAUAAAUUAUGUAAUUUUAUAUUUAAUAACCACUUUAAAAGCUAAUUUUACCAAACACUUUAAUUUCAAUAAGCUAGCUUUUCAGCUAUCAGCUAUCAGCUAUCAGCUAGUUUAUAGCUUAUUUUUACCAAACAGACCCUUUAUAGUAUGUACAUAAUGUGUCUGCCUCAUUCUCCCGGUUAUGUGGAGAUUUAAAUCUAA